AGACAGGCCCAUUUAUGAGCUCCCUGCUGGUCCUCUGAGCCCCAUUCUGACUUCUUUUUUCUGCAGGAAGGGGUUGGAGCCUUCAUUAUCCUCCCUGCAGUCCUCUUUCACUUUAUCAACAAGAAGCUCUGCUGUGAAGAGAGAGGUGGGCUCCCAUGCCUGGAACAACAAAGGUGAAGAAAACACUGCAAAGAAAAGUCCAGACCCCAUGAAAGCCUUGCUCCCUGAAUUAUAAGUGACACGCUGGCAAAGCUGAACAACUGAUCACCAGGCACUGGCAUAGUGUAAAACAUGGCUUCUGAGGCUGCUCAGAAUUUCCUCCAGCCACUCUCUUCUUGGAUGUCUCAAAUAUACGAAGCGAUCCAACAAGCAGGAGACUCCAUAUCUGCCUCGCUGCUGAAUUUGAGUGGAGUGGGUCGUAAGCCAGAAGAAGAGAGGACCCAGGACUUGGAGAACAAUGGAGGCGUUUAUGAGGAUUAUUCUGAGGAAUCAGAUGAGGAACAAGACCUGGACCUUUGGGAUGAGGACUAUUUCUAUCCUAGAGAAGACAGUUGCAUUGGAGGCCCUGAUCUUGCUUCACAAAACCUCCCUCCCGGCUCUGACACGGGUCCACAGAGGCAAAAAAGAGUUAAAAAUACCAGCACCAUGCCAGAGCAGUGCGCUGAAAGCAGCAGGACCUUGACAACCAAUGGAUCCUACUGGACAAGUGAAGACCUCCAGCCUCUUGAUCGGCUUCCUCCCAUCGCUGAGGAAGAAGGUGAGCCUUCUUUGAGGAUGGGAGGUCUUGAGCACAGCCUCAGCUUGGGUGGCUCCUUAAACAGUGCUAAUGGCACUGCACGCUGUGCAGAUCUGGAUGGACUAAGCCAACUGAGUUACCAAGAAAACCUUUCCUGCCGUGAAGAUGACCACGUAUCUGUUGAUUCAAGAACAACCAGGAGUAAGGGCAGUGGGCAGCACAAAGGGCCCAGGAUGGAGCCCAGAACUGGGGAUGGUGUCAGCCAGUCACACAGGGAAGGAUAUGGAGACACACGUCUGGAAAUGGAGACAGCAUUUGCCAGCCAGGGAUUGGAAGUAAAUGAUGCUACUGACAGCUCAUCAGCUUGGAGCCCUGAGGAGCACAACGAAGCGAGCAUCGCUCCAGCCCAUCACGGUGCCCAUGAGCCCAUCUGCAAAUGUGGUGACCUGGAUGUCAUCUUCACCUAUAAAUCCUCAAGCCAAAAGCUCAUAGCCACUGUCCUGGAGGCCAGGGACAUCCCAGACAAGGACCGCAGUGGCGUGAACACCUGGCAGGUGCACGCGGUUCUGAUGCCGGGCAAGAGACAGAGGGGUAAGACGAGUGUGCAGAGAGGACCCAUCCCCGUCUUCCAGGACAAAAUCACCUUCAGCAAGCUGGAAGCUCAGGAGCUGAGCAGCCAGGCCGUUCGCUUCCGCCUCUACGCCGUGCACAAGGUGGUUGGGGAGAAGAUGAUGGGGGAGCAGCUGUUCUACCUGAGCGGCAUCAGCCAGGAAGGGGAGGUGAAGGUGACGCUGCUCUUGGAGCCAAGGAGUAACCUGAGUAGUGCAGAUUCUCAGCUGAGUCUGUCAGCAAUCUCUCACAGUGAUAGCGCUUCCUCAACACAGUCCCUGUCACAUGGAGGGGUGCCAGAGCUGCUCGUGGGACUGUCAUACAAUGCCACUACAGGGAGACUGUCAGUGGAGAUGAUCAAAGGCAGUCAUUUCCGAAACCUUGCAAUUAAUAGACCACCUGAUACCUACGGGAAGCUCUGCCUGCGCAACUCCGUGGGUCAGGAGAUGUCCCGCUGCAAGACCUCCAUCCGCCGGGGCCAGCCCAACCCCGUCUACAAGGAAACCUUCAUCUUCCAGGUCGCCCUGUUCCAGCUCUCAGAUGUCACCCUGCUGAUCUCCAUCUACAACAGGCGCAGCAUGAAGCGCAAGGAGAUGAUCGGCUGGAUCUCCAUGGGCCAGAGCAGCAGCGGGGAGGAGGAGCAGAGCCACUGGCAGGAAAUGAGGGAGUCACAGGGGACACAGGUCUGCAGGUGGCACACGCUGCUGGAGUCCUAGCGGGGACCAGGGCAGCCUGGGGCAAAGGGCUGGCUCCCCUCGCUGUCUGCCAGCAGGAAACAGCUCUGGCAGGGCACGCAGCUUUAACCUGCCCGCUCAGAGCCAGCAGCCACGGUUACCAAGGCUUGGGAAGAGAGUUUAGCUCUUGCCUUUCCGGCUUGCCCUGCAUUUUCUACAUGCAGAUAAUUAACCCUAGUGAGAAGCAGUGGGAAUACCUGCAAAAUCCUUUCCUUGGUCACUGCCUUGCUCAUUUUUCCAUUGGUUUAAUCGCCACAGACUGAUUCUGAUGUGAUGCUGUUUUCUUCUGGAGUAAACUCUCUCUCUUCCCUCUCUUCCCUUAUUUAUAUUAAUGAAGUUUGCAAAUAUUCUUGCCACGCAGAUAGCUCACAGAAAAGCUAACCUGCAUGCAGAUCACAUCCUCUCCCUUUUAUUAUUGUGUUUCUAAGUCCUAGAAAUGAGCAUUUGAUACCACUGUAAACUGGAUGAUAUAUUUUUCAGACAGCAUGAGAAAGCACUCUUGAAUUCUCUGACAACUUUUAAGUGCCUAGACAUUACUACUGUUCUUCUGUACUAAAAAUUGAUAUAAGGACUAAAUACUACUGGUAUUUUUAAUUAGGCACCCUGUGCACUUGUUAGCCUGCAUUGACAUAGGUUUGCACAAGAGAUAACAAGCAUCAGUUUUAUAUUGCAUUAUACAAUGCAUGUUUAGAUGUUUACUUGAAGUUAUGGCUUCUGUCAUCACAAAUACCAAAAAAAGACCAGAACAAACUGCACAGCCACCUUUGUGCCUGAAUCACUCCUUUCUGCAUCGUUUUGCCCAUGUGUUAAUAUGACUUUUAGAAGUGAGGUUCAUUCAGAAAAGCAAUUCUGUGAGCAUUACAGGAGAGAGCUUCAGAUCCGUGGUGUUUCUGUGAUUCAGCAAAGCACUACUCAGAGUUUUCUGUGGGAUCUUCCGCAAAUCUCCUGUGAUAUCUCCUUGGGAUAUGGAGGGGGACUGGUUUUGGCAUGCUGAGCAGUAGAGGAUGACAGACCAUGUCACCUAACCUUGGGAAGGAGCUCUCUUGCAGGCCAGGAAUGGGAUACAGAGGGGCUGCUGGCUCUGCUGAACUGGAGAAAAGAAUUGUGCUUCCUGCCUCCAGCUGAAAGCAAUGCAAGGAGCAGCCUUGCUGGAUGAGGUGAUGAUGCUGUCACAUGCUUACUUUUCAGACUACAUUGUCCUUUUCCAUUUUAAUCUCUUUUCCUGUCUCUGUAAGCUGAAGUCAUGGAGAUGAUGGAUAGAGGAUGUGUCUCAGUCUGCUGCUUGGCUAAGUGGUUGUUGCAGUGCUGUGUGUGACACAAAGGAGGAUGUUCAUCCUCAGUGGAAUGCAGGCAGUGAGGUGCUGAGAUCUCCAAAUGCUAUCAGCUGUCCAAUCUCCCAUUCUCCACAGUCUCUAGGAGAGGACUGUCUUUUCUCCAUUCCUGCUGAUGACAGCAAGGCACAGGAAAUAUUUUGCUGAAGAGCUUUGUUUGUACUGAACCCCUUCAUGGUUUGGUUUUGCUAUUUACUGACACCUGGCACCAAAUUCUGCCUCCUCCUUCACCCACAGCCACUUCCUUCACUUCAAUGGUGCUGUGGAUAUCAAACUAAUGCAAAUUUUGGCACUGGCUGUUCGACCAGAAUUGGUCCUUGGUGCUGGUUUUUGUCACAUCCAGGCUAGACAGGCCCUGAGGGCAGUGCUGUGGCACUCACAGGUUAUCACUGGUGUCACACAGAGGCUCUGUCUGUCCUCAGGAGGCAGACAGAAUAAUCUGCACUGAGAAGCACUGCUGGAACAGGUGAUACAAGUUAUUCUGCAGACCACGCUCUUGUAUCUUCUUAUCACCUGUCUGAGCAUCACUUUUCCAGGGAGACUGGUGGUUAUCCUAUGCAGGAGGGUUCUCCUCCACUGUCUAGAUAAGCUGGCAUGUCUGCUUUGCACUUAAACACUUUUGUGUUUUAUAACACAAAGAAGGGUGUAACCCAAAUGCAGCUCAUCCCACAAAUAUGUUCUUGACUGCACUGCUAAAACAAUGCAAGAAAAAGUGAACAUCUGAGUGGUAACCAGCAGAAUAGAAUUUCAUUUAUCAUACACUUUCUUCCUGGGGAAAAAUAAAAAUAAAAAAAAUAGAGGAAACAGCCCAAUUCAAAAGGUGCAUUUGCUGAUUCCAGUUGUUUUCCAAUGUCUCCAUCUUUUUUGUCCUGAACUGCAUAAAACGUAUAUGCAAGUCUUUAUAAUUAAUUUUAUUACCUGGAAUGUAUGUGUGUGUAAUGAAUUUACUGAGAUUCUCUUCAGAACUUCUUGAACCUGCAAAGUCUUGCCUGUGCUUCAUGAUUAGCUAAGGAAAAAGUGUAAGUUCAUAAUACAUGUCAGCAGUGAACUGGAGAUAACCCAGUUUCAUAACAGCAUGAUUAAAAAAAAAAGAACCUAAUGAAAAAGUUCAUUUUAAAAAGCAAUGAAGUACACUGGGUUUGGACUUCCAUGCUGUUUUCACAUUAAGAUCUUUUCUGAAGAUAUGGCAUUAAGGGAAUUGAAUUUUAGUAUAUAAUUUCAUUGUAGAGUUUUUGGAGUCAGAGAAAAGCAAGUGAAAAUGGCUUAUUUAGAGUAAAUUAAUAUCUAAGCAAGUGUUAAAACUUUGCUGUCCAAGGGAAGCAGGUUGCUGCAUUCUUGCUGCCACAUUUUACCCUUUUAUUUUAUCAGAAAUUUUUGGAGGGAGGGAGCAAGGGCUGUGGCAGGGGGACCAUUGUGCCAAAACUCUUGGCACAUCCAUGCCUUGAGAAGUGUUUUUGUGGGGUUCUUUAUGUUCCUACCAAAGCAAUGGAGAAGUCUAGGAAUCUUGGGAUGAAUGAGGUGCUGGGGGUACUUGUGCUUGCUAGGUGUAUUUUGGGAUUUUUAUUGCUUUUGUGGUUUAUUUUUCCUUCCAUUAUUGACUGUCUGUGAAAUGGAGGCUUUGCAGCAGCUCUGGCAUAUUCCAAAGCUCCUCUACCUCUUCCCAUUGACAGAGUGAAUUAGUCAAUACUAAUAUUUAUACAGGCUGGGCUUGUGCUCCUGGUCCUUCUUAUGUAAACACCACUGCCCUUUUAGUCACUGCUUCAACCUCUUGUUUCCUUUGGAAGUGGCUGACCAGAAUGACUUUCCAGGAAGUUUUCCAUUCCUUGGGAAUCCUGUCCUCACCUGACUGGCAGAGGGCUGGCAGACCUUGUGCUCCACUGGCCUUCUCCAUGUGGAUGCUGAUGACUUCUGCUUCAGUGGGGGUCCAGGUGGGGAGAGAGCUGUGAGAGGGCCAUGGGGGUUUCAAGGAGCAGGAUAGGAAUGGAUAACCUGGAUCCAGGGUGCUUGGGCACUUGCAGGGCUAGAUUAUGGAUGUUUCCUAAUGCACUCAUGUCUUCUGAGGUAAUUCAUUCCCUUUUGACACCGUUUGUAAUCCCUUUAUAGUUUAUUUGAAUUUUCUUUUAAUUGUUUUUUAAAAGCCUGGAAAUGUGGAAAGAUAUUAACUGCAUUGGGCCAGAGUAUUAUGGGCAAGUGCCCUAGAUACAUCUCUGUAUCUUGAACAGCAUCGUUCAGUUGGUUGCAGUCUGUUUUUCCAUUGUUCUCCUCAGCCAGCAUGCCCCUGUCCUGCCAAGCUCUCUGCUGCUAUUUUAUUUUUCCUUUUUUAAUGUUUAUCGACAACAGAACAGAGUGAUCUCACCGUGUUUAUAUUCCCCAUAAUAAACGGUGAUCUUCAACUGAUGCCCACAGAAAUGAGUCCCUCUUUUAGCCCACUGAGCUGCAGCAAUUGCUCACUGAUGUGCCCAUUUGCAAAGGCUUUAUCUGGAUGAUCUUCUGCUUCCUUUGAUUUGUCUGGGUUUCCUUUUUACCGGUGUCUUUAAUUAGCUGGACCCUGCUGUGGCCUGCCCGUUCCUGUUGCUCUGCCUUGUCUGCCUUUCCCUUCAGGGGCAGUGUGGGUUGUGCAGCUCCCGGGGUACAUGGACAAUGCUUGGGUGUAUUUUUAGCAGCUGCAGAUCCCGAGGAGUUAUUUGGUGCUUUACACAGCCCACUGAUCUUCAGUCGUGGAUGUCGUUAGAAGUUCCUGGAUGCACAGAUCCAAAGGCUUCCAGCUGCUAUUGAUCAUUUUCCCAGCAUAAAGCUGAAGGUGGCAGCUUGGCAGAGGAGCAGGCAUUUCCUCUGGUGGCAGUUCAUUUUCCCCUUCAGCUGGAGCUGGCAGUGACCUUGGAGCUGGCGUGCCUGCAGAGCUUGCUUUCCGCUCCCAUAUUUAUCAUCAUUUUUAAUCUGUGUGAUCACAGCACUUCAUCUCUGCCUCUCAGCUGCCUUCUGCCCUUCAGCACGAAAAGUUGACUGAAAGGCUGAGCAGAGAAUAUGGCCUUCUCCAUCAUAUUAUCCCCUCCCAGAGGGGUCAGCUCAAAGUUGUGAUGCUCCUGACCAAGCCCUCGCCUCCCUGCUCUCUUGUACACUUGUAGAGUUUGAAGUUGGUUGGUUGGGCUGUGACAUCUCAAUAUUUACAGAGUAGUGACACCCAUUCACCUCAAUGUGGACCAAAUUAAUGGCAGAAGGAACAGCCUGUUCUGUAUUUGCUUUCUUCCUUUUCUCACGGGUAUUGUGUUCUGCAAAAGGACAACAGAGCCUGCAGGAAUUAGUAUGCAGGAACAUCCUCUUUCCAUUUAAAUGUGCUAAGUGUGAUGUUUGCAGCUAUGGUUUGAGGGGAAGAAACAAAGCAGCCAGGGUUUGUAGAGGAGCUCACACUUUGAAUGAGGCAGGUUUUUCCCUCCAGCAUGUGAUACCCCAACAAAUACAUUCUCAUAUCCCAAGAAGCAGUGCUGGCUCUGAGCUCAUCUGCUUCUGUGAUACAAGCAGCCAGAAGCUGACAGAUCCUAAAGCU